AUGAAUAUGAGCACGCAUAUUAUCACUCCUGGACCGUACCGGGCCACGAAACUGUGGAAUGAGGUGACGCGUUUGUUUCGGGCCGGCAUGCCCCUUCGAAAGCACCGCCAGAACUUCAGACACUACGCUUCCUGCUUCACUGCCUCUGCCGCAGUGGAUUGGCUGCACCAGCUGCUUCGGAGCAACAGCAACUUUGGCCCCGAUGUCACCAGGCAACAAACCGUUCAGCUCCUGAAAAAGUUUCUGAAGAACCACGUGAUUGAAGAUGUGAAGGGUCGCUGGGGGAUGGAGGAUCUGGAGGACAACAACAUGCUUUACAGAUUCCCAUCCACUUCUCCUCUGAAGCCCAUUCCCUGUCCAGCUCAGGCUUCAGCUUCCAGCUUUGUAAGAAGACGACCCUCAUUCAGGGAUAAAGAGGGUUUCUUUAAGUUUCGAAACGCCAAGAAGCAUGAGAAGGAGACCCUGGAAAAUGUAGAUCCUGUCCUCCAAGCACAGCAAGAGGGAACAAAUCAGCCAUCAGACGAGCAGCAGCAACAUAGACGAGAGCUAACAGCCGAGGAUGAAAGGGAAAUCUGGAAAGACAUCACCCUGACCCACCUGCAGAGAAUUCUGGGUGUUCCAUCGUUCCAUGAAGUUUUAGACCAUCAUUGCAUAAAUCCACAGAACAUCAUCCACAACAUGACCAAAGUCAACAAACAUGGAGUGGUCACUCUGGAGGACAAGACCAAUGACCUUCCACACUGGGUUUUGUCUGCUAUGAAGAGUCUGGCUAACUGGCCAAAGUACGACAGCGACCAGCCGUCUUAUCCCGGAUUUGAAAGGGAUGUCUUCAAAACCGUUUCUGAUUACUUCUACAGCCUUCCACGACCUUUACUCACACAUGAGCUGUACGAACUGUUUAUCAACGUGUUGGCGUUUUGUGGCUACGUCACUGUGCCCAGUCAGCUUCAACGUGGGAAACGCAAGAGGUCACGGCUCCCUUCUGUCCCCCCUCCAGCCAAGUCGUCAUUUCGCUCCACAGAAUGUCUUCUCCUGUCACUGCUCAGACAGGGGUCAUGUGAUGAGACAGAGUCGCCUAUGAGAGAGGUGCUCAGUGGGACAAUUCAGUCACGACUGGCAGCAUCGGGGCAAGACGAGACCACUGUAAGUGGCAGUCAUCUGGGAGGCAGCUGCACAAGCCUGAAUACAGUUCUCUCUACAAGACCGCACAGGAGGAGUUGUUCACUGGAAACUAUCCUUGAUACCUCCAUCCCUGUCACCCGACAACAACUGUUUCUGUCCAUGGACAGCCUGGCCUCUUGCUCUUAUAGCAGCAACAACCAGGAUGACAGCCCUACCAUCAAGUCACAGGAAAGUUGCUCAGACUCUGCAUCUGUGAUUAAAACAAACUCUGUUAUUCAAGAAAAGGCUCCAGGAGUUACAACUAGAAAAAAACUGUCUUUGCCAGUCCACGUGGCUCAAAAGUCAUCAUUGCGACCUAACAGCGUGGGCAGCUGUUUGGACAUUGUCAGAGAGAGCAGAGAGAACGGUGUCAAAGAGAUAAAGUGUCAGAGUCGAGCAACCAGCUGCCUCAAUGUGAACAAUCCUGCAAGCCAGCAGCUGUCUGCUUUAGCUUCACAUCACCCCUUGUCCUCCUGUCUUCCCACCUCCUCUUCCCAUCAUUUCUCUCUUUCAACUGCUACGACCAAAGCACAAGGCUCCAACACUUCCACAGAACCCAGUGGGCCCACACCCGCCUCCAGUACCUCUAAUCUGUGGCCGCUGCCUGCGCCCGCUGUCGUCCGGCGCUGCUUCAGUUCUUUGGACGUGUCCAAGCUGCCUCGACCCGUGUCACUGCUCAAUCUGCCUGUCUGUGUGCCUGCCAGAAACUUCCAGCUCCCGCAACCCAAACAUGAGCACAGCAUUCUCCAGCCUCAGUGUGAGCGCGUGGCCAUCGAGGCCCUGCAGCUUUGCACUCUCCUCCUCCCCCCUGCUUCCCGCAGGAAGCUGCAGCUCCUCAUGAGGAUGAUGUCUCGCAUCAGUCAGAACGUGGACAUGCCUCGCCUCCACCCAGCCAUCGGCACCCGAACACUGAUGGUUCACACAUUUUCAAGCUGCAUCCUCAGCAGUGCUGAGGAGUGUGACUUGGAUGAGCUGUUGGCCACCAGACUGGUGUCGUUUCUGAUGGACCAUCAACAAAACAUCCUCUCAGUCCCAGAAUAUCUGCUCAGAGCCAUCAGUGACCACAUUCAAUACCUGCGCGCAGUACAGGUCCCUGUUAACUCUGGUCCAAACAAUGAUGGUGGUGAUCCAGUAUGUGUUCCAGUACCGAUGUACGCCUUCUGCAAACAAAUAAGUGGCGCUGAGUUUGAACAGCAAAAAGUGAAUUCCUCUCAGAAAGCCAUGGAGGAGCUGCUGGAGAUCCUGCUGACAGACCAAAAUCUAAAUGAGAAAGACAGACGCAAGAAACUAAAGCAGUUUCAGAAGCAGUACCCAGACAUCUACAGUCGCCGUUUCCCCUCAAAUGGGGAAAGUAAAGCUGACAGCAAGCCAAAGAUUAAAGCCCCCCUCCUCAACAUCAGGAAGACCAAAGCUUUCAGCAUCAGGAACUAA